AUGGCUUUUCGACAACAUCAUCGACCACAACCUUCACGCCAGCUAUCUAUACCUACACCUGAAACCCCUGCCGAAGUCGGCGCCGCCUCUUCUCCCCAGAGGAAGCGUACCUUGGAAGAAUCACAAGAAUGGGUUCUUUUCUCCCCUGGAUCGGUGACUGCACGCACGCAUACCACGUCCACGGAAAGGACCCCUCGCACAGCUGGCCUGUCGCGGUUCAGUGACUUUGGCUCCCUUGACACUGCUGCACGAUCCGAACAAGAUGAGGACGAUAUAACUUGUCAGGGAACCGAAGAAGGGGAAGACUUGGACAGUCUGGAUGAUGGGCUACAUGCGUUCCACGAACCCUCGGAACAUGGAGAGCCCUCCAGCGGACUACAACAGAGUGGUGACACCGUCCUUCCUACACAUGACGGGCUCGGAACCUUUCAGCCGGAUGCGAAUAUGCAAGACCAUUUAUGGCAAUUCGAAAGGCCGUCGCCACGGAGAAGGCACAUGCGUCGACGAUCAAGUGUCCAGCGACGUCUCGAUGCACUAGAAGAAGCAGACGAGCUGCACCAGGAACAAGAUCGACGACAGCGGAUCGAGAAAUGGCGGUUGGAGCAAAGUAAAGCACUUCUAGAAGAAAUUGAGAGAGAAACAAGACGACGACGGAGGAUGAGUACCGACGAAUCUGCAUCUCGCGUCGCCCCAUCAGUCUCCGACGGCCAGAGCAUAUCUUCCGAUGAGACUACCGAGAACCUGUCAUUCUGGCAACGACUGACUAGGAGAGUAAUCCGCGACCUGAUCGGCCUUGAUGAAGACACUUUGUCCGUCAUCUUUGGAGAGACAUUGCCUGAAGAAACAGCAACCACCCCCUUACAGGAAUCCAGCAUGCGGCCUGUGUCGUCUGUAUCCCUCCACGCUGACGAACAAGAACUCGCUGGUGAGCCAUGGGAGCAAAGACUUCUAGAGCGAGUGGCUCGUGAGCUCGGUAUAUUAGUAUCUCAACUCUCGGAACACCCAGGAGCAUUUUCUACCUACCGUCUUGCUCAACAAGCCCCUGAGUACGCAGGACUCACCCCUACAGCAUUUACAUCAUCGAUCAGCACCGACAUUCCCACCACACACGACACCCAGACAUCUACAAACUCAGCUGCCGUACCUCAUUUUGCCCCCACCUUCCCCCAGCAAUCUGCAAACACGUAUAGCGAAGCCUCCCUCUGGGGAAUUGACGAAGAACCAGAGGUUGAUCCAUUAGAUUCCUUACGUGCCCCGCCUGCUGCGACGGCGAAUGCAACGGAAGAUCUGGCGCGCGAACGGGAGUACUGGGAGCGCGAGCUUGAUGUGAAAAUGGUUUUCAAUUUCCUCGUCAAGCGGUUCUCUCGCCGCUCAAGCAUGUCUUCACGGCCGAUCACAGGUCCCUCGCCGAGCCAUACUUCGAUAAUGGCAGGAGCGGAUAGUGAGGCCAUUUCCGCGCGGCGGGCCGCCAUCAUUCGGCAACACCACCCUUUAGUAAACCGGACAGCUGAUCGCUUACCGACUUCUUCAACAACGCGCGAGAUUCGGCGGAAAGACACACUCUACCGUCAGCACCUGACCCAACAAGCGUCGGUUCGCAGCCAAGCCAUCAGAAGCAGCUCGUCUUGUGCAAGCCACAGCACGAAGAAAAGCAAACGAAGUGCUGGCAGUGGACGGAACUACUGGGAUAUGAGCGGCAGCGUCGGUAGCGGAAGCGUCAUCGCCGGCGAGGUAUAA